AUGAGUGAUGAUAUAUUAAGCAAGAGUAAUAUAGGGGAAUUUGGCGAAGUAAUUUUUGAAAUAGGGUUUUAAUAUAGGAUAUAGAUUAAUAAUAAUAUGAGAGAUGCGAGCAAAUUUGUUAGAAGUUGAGACGCACAAAUUAAUAGCUCUACAAGUUUUAUUUUGAUACAAUUAUAGGCAAUUUUCAAAUAUUGUUAGUUAAAAUUUUUGUAUAGCUAAGGAGCAAUUAGGAUAAAUGUUAGGUGAAGAACCAGAACUAUUAAAGGAGGUGAAUAGUUUAUUGGAUGAUGAUGUUAAAUUUAAGACACAAAAAGAAAAAUUGACUGAAUUCGUAAAUAAUGAAGGCAAUUAGAGUAAGGCAAUGGAGACAAUAUUAAAAUAAAUCUAGAAUGGGUAAUUAGAUGGGCAUCAAAAUAAAGAUCACAUAUUGGAUUUAUUUAGCAAUGAUCCUCAAUUAUAAUAGUAAUUCUUGCAGAGUUUCAAAAAGAAGCAUGAGUAGAAUCCUCCAAAAAAGAAGGUUGAAGAGAAUAAAAAUUAUUUCUAAAGAUUAUUAGAUAAAAGUGGAAUAGUUGUUAUUGAUAUGGUAAAUUUGAUUAAUCAAAAUAGAAUGAAUUACUAUUUUGGGAUAAAUUUCGAUUGAGGGUGAUUCAGUAUUUUCCUAGUGAUUAUUAACAGUUUAUGAAUGAGUUUCUAAAGAUUAUCCAUCUGUAUUCUGAAUGCAUAAUCACGUAGAUGGAAGUUAUGGAAUUGAUUAACCAAUAAGGCUGGUUAGAAAGAGAAUAUAUUGAUGAUAUAAGAUCAAUGCUGACAACUAGAGUCAUAGCAAGGAGAAUAUAAACUCCAUUAUUCAAGCCUCUGAAAGAUACUGAUUUUGCUUAAGUUGACAGAGUGACUAGAUCAUAUGUCAGAAUGCCAAUAGGAUAUGCUAAGGCAAAUAACAAUCCAGAGAUUCUAAAUCAUUCUUGGGUUUCUGUUCCAUUUGGUUCUGAGGAUUAAUCAUUCUUGAUUAUGAGGAAAAAUACUUUUGAGGAAUAAUUGUUUAAAAGUGAGGAUGAAAGAUUUGAAUUUGAUGUCAAUAUCUAAUAGAUUAAAAGAACUAUCAAUCUACUUCAAGAAAUCAUAGACGGAAAUAAGGAUGAGAAAGUUCUCGUGACCAAGGUUAUUGAUAUGAGAAUAUUGCAGCAAUUAUAUAGAAAUCAAACUUAGGAUCAGAAUGAAAUCAUAUAAUUGUUUUAAACCAAGCCUGUUGAAAGUGCUAAAAUUUUAAUUAAAAGAGUCAAGUAAAAAUUAAAUGAAUUGAUAUCAGCGCGAAACACCAAAGCUAAAUAAAUUUGGGAAACUGUUUCUUAAAUUAAUUUUCAUCGAUCUUUAGAUCAUAGAUCUUUCUAUUUUAAAAAGAAUGAUAAAUUAGUAAUCAACGGAUAAAGAUUUGUUAGAGAGAUUGAAGAAUAUGCUAAAAAUGUUUUAAUUAAAUUUUUAGGAACUAAAGAUCAUGUAUUCCUUAAAAGAAAAGCAGAUAAUAUUUAAUUCACUUUUGAUGAUACUUUCUUAAAUUCUUUAGCUUAAAUGACAAAUAUCAAACCAUUUCUACCGAAACAAAUGGCUUUGGCUGCUCCAACAAAAGAAAAUGUCCGUUUUUGCCCACUUAUUUCUCUUUGGAUGGGUAACGAACAAAUACUGUAAGAAUGUGGAUAAUUUGUUAUCCAUUAUCUUUAAAUUAUGGGAGGAAAUAACUCAUUAGAUAAAAAAAAUGGUACAUUCUUUAUGAUUAAAUUAAUCAAUCACUUUUUCCAAGUUCCUAUGAAACCUAUGUAAAUAUCUGAGUUAACAUUAAACGAUAUUAAAUUAAAGGCAGAAAUAGUUGAUUUAGAAAUAUAUGAUAUUCAUUAUAAUCCAGAAGAAACUACAGUCUCGAUUCCGAAGAUAGAAAAUGAGCCUCCUGGACACUUUUUAAAUUUAUAGCCUAGAGUGAAGUCAACAACAUAUGUUACAUAAAGUUUAUACAUUUUAUUGCGAUUUCUGCAUACCAUAUACUAGAGAUUAGAGAUGGCCUAUAUAAUUAGUAAGCAGAAUAAUCUAGGAAAAGAUAAAAGAUAUAAUUUAUUUAAAUCAGUUUUGUUCCUUUCUCUAAAAGCUAAAGACUUUAAAUAUGAAGAUCACUUAAGAAGCUUAUUUGGAAAACAUGUAAUUAUAGUAAUAAGACUAGGGAUUUAUAUUUUCAACCUUAGAAAAAGUGCUACAUGAUGCAGCUAAAUAGUUGGCAAUUUGUGCUUCAGAUCCAGUGACAACAAACUAUUUUGAAAAGGCGGCUUCUUUCAAUGGAGACAUCGAUAAAUACUUUUAAGUGGUUUCAGGUAUAGUCAAUGGGGAAGGAAUCAAAGUAUCUGAUUUGGAAGCAGAAGUUUAUUAUCAAUUUUAGAAUCUAAAGGAAGAAGAGAUGCUAUUAAGAUUACAUGAAGCACUUUAAAAUUGUAAACCAGAGAAGAAACCUAUCUAUAGAGUAAGAUUGAUUUAUUUAUAUAAUUAGAUUGCAUGUUGGCAUAAAGUAUGUUUUAUAUCAAUGUUACCUGGUUAUGGAGGUCAUAAUUAAGAGAAAUGCACUUCUUGGAAACAACCAUUUUUGAUGAGGAAUAUGAUGAGAGGAGAGAGGAGGAUGAUGAUUAGAAAUAGCAUCGAAUGGAUGGUAGAUGAAUUGUGCCAUUUCAAACCUAUUCUGAAUUAUGGAGAAGAUUACUUAAAAUGUGUAUGA